GCGAAUUCUUUUUGAUGUCUGACUCUUACAGUAGAGACGUUUUGGAAAGUUCUCUCAGUUUUCAUAACUAAAUUGAAUUGAAACAGAAACAUCGUAGGCUCUUUAGGUGGCAUGCAUGUGUGCCCUUGAUGCACGAGCGCACCUGAGAAGCAGUGACAGUUUUCUACGCGGUAAUGUUCCAGAACAAAAGAACAAUGUUUCCCAAAAUUAUAAAGCUGUUAGUUUUGCUUAUGGCUGUGCUCGAGGCUUGCUCUCCCUCUGAAGUGUUUCCAACCGACAUGACGGAGACGGGGUCGGGAAUGCCACCAACCGAAGAGGUGGACCUCCUGGAGGAGCUGUGGCCAGUGGCUGAGAGCUGCAAUGCGUCUGUGUCUGUGGAGGGCCCACGCUGCCCAGUGCUGCACAUCGGCCAGUACUCUACACUCUCACUGCCCAUGCGCCAGGUUUUUGGGGAUGGGUUCCUGGAUGAGUUCAGCUUGCUCCUGCAGCUGCGGAGCUCCCAACGUGGGGACCGCAGCUUGCUGUCCUUCCUCAGUCCAGACAACCACAUCCUGCUGCAGAUCCGCCUCAGCCAGCACGCCUUCACCUUCAUCGGCACCCAGCAGAGACACUAUGAGUUCCCUGUGUCCAUUCUGUCUGAUGGCCAGUGGCACCGCGUUGCCCUGAGUGUGUCGUCAGGCCGACUGACGCUAUAUGUGGACUGUGUGAAGGUGGAGAGCGUAGACUGGACCUACCGCGGGCUGGGCAUCAGCACAGACGGCCUACUGAUGACCGGAGGCCUCAUCGAGGGCUUCGAGACACCCUUUGAGGGUGAUGUCAAGCAGCUGAUGUUCCUGAUGGGUGACGCUGAUGCGGCGAGGGAGCACUGCAUCCUCUACCCACCCCGCUGCCACGCCACCGCCCCCAAGCCACCCCGCUCACCCCAGACUCAGGACCAGCAACCUCUCGAGGACCUAUUGCUGUCCUCAAAUGACCUGGAGGACCUUCUAGAGACUUCCAAGGACUCCUUCAGUAAUCGUGCACUCAUUAAUGCCUUCCGGCGUGCAGAGGCCUUGCGUGGUGAUGGCACGGUGUCCACCAAUCCCAGGCAGCCCAGUUUGGUGGGUCGUGGGGACGUGUUCGAGGUGGACGAGGACACUGACCUGGUGGACGCACUGAGACCCACGAAGCCACCCCGACGCAAGCCUGAGGGCAAGCCGGAUCAGUCUUCCAAACGUCUGGAUGAGAACAUCACCACGGAUAAGAAGAAAGUAGAAGGGGGAAGCACGUCUGGAAAGCCGGUGGAUAAUAUAAUUGACUUGGACACAACAAAGAAGAAACCCACUGUGGUCUUCCCCAAUGGAAGGACUCGCCCAGGACCCGAGGAUGCGGAUGCUAAUCGACUAAAGGAGUACAUAGACCCACCAGACUUCACACAGGUUUCAAAGCCUGGUCAAACACCUAAGACCAAGCCGAGCACUGUCCCUUCCACUGGGAGGAUCAUUGAGGGUGCUGGCACGCCCAAGCAUAACGGCUCCAGAGAGAACCCUGGGAGGGUCCAUGUUAUAUCCAGGGAAGGAGACCUAGUGACCAUGUCAGACGGAAGGAAGUUCAGGCUGCAGAGAGGUCCGAAAGGAUACAUGGGCCCCCCAGGAGAAGAAGGAUUUCCAGGACCUCAAGGCUAUCCCGGCUUCAAGGGCAGCAGGGGUGCUCUGGGACCAGAGGGGCGACGGGGGCGACAAGGCCAUCCAGGACCCCUUGGGCCUCCGGGCCUGCCCACCUUUUACCUGUGGAGGAACACCGAGGAGGACUGGGCCGCAUUUCGGCAAAGUUCCCUCUUCCAGUUACUGAGUGCAGGCUGGCCCAGAGAGCAGGGUGCUGUAGGACCAGAGGGGGAGAUGGGAAAGCCUGGGCCUCUGGGACCCCCAGGGGAGCCUGGUGAAAGAGGUCAGCCAGGAAUCAAAGGUGACAUGGGUGACCGAGGACCAAAGGGCAUGCGAGGGAGAGCGGGCACCAAUGGGAAGGACGGAGAGAAUGGACAGGAUGGACAGCAAGGGGCUCCUGGUCCACCUGGACCACAGGGUCCUUUGGGCUACAGAGGGGAACCAGGGUCACCUGGGGAGAAGGGAGACGAGGGCUUGAUAGGGUCUCCUGGUCCAGGCGGAGAGGAUGGAGAGCCUGGAGAGAAAGGAUCCAAGGGAGCUCAUGGCCAAGCUGGCCCUGUAGGACCACCUGGGCCACAGGGUAUCAGAGGAAUGGAGGGACCUCAGGGGUCACUGGGACCAGAUGGAGAGGAUGGCUUAGAGGGUCCACCCGGUCACCCAGGACCCCCAGGUGCUCCUGGCAUGACUGGGGUAGUUGGAGCUCAGGGAGCCAAUGGAUCACAGGGCGAUAAGGGACCUGCAGGAGCCCCUGGUGCUCUGGGACCUCAGGGUCCACCGGGCCUGGAGGGGCCAAGGGGGCGUCCCGGAUCCAGGGGCCCACAGGGAUUGCCUGGUUUGGAAGGACCACCUGGUCCUAAAGGAGAUCCAGGCCCUAUGGGACCUUUGGGCCCUCGUGGAGAGGUUGGCUUUGAGGGACCGAUGGGGCCAUUAGGAACACAAGGUCCAAUGGGUUUCCAUGGUAUAGUGGGUAGAAGAGGACCUGAUGGAGACAAGGGAGAUCUUGGACCCAAAGGAGGGAAGGGUGUCCAAGGGGCUCCAGGGGUUUCGGGCCCUCAGGGCGAGCAAGGCCCCACUGGUUCACAGGGGUUCCCUGGACAGAAAGGCCAGCUGGGUCCGAAAGGAAUUCAGGGUGAAGAUGGAGAGUCUGGGCUUCAGGGCAAGCUGGGCAGACUGGGACCAAAGGGGGGCAAGGGCCCAGAAGGAAGAAAAGGAAAACCUGGACCCAGAGGACCGAGGGGUCGUGCUGGUCAGAGAGGUCAUGCUGGCAUGCCUGGUCAACCGGGUAUGCCUGGUGCCACAGGACUCCAGGGAGCUGAAGGAAAGCCUGGUACACAGGGUCCUCAGGGGGCAUCCGGCCCAGCUGGUCAUAAAGGUCUCCCGGGACUUCAAGGUGUUGCAGGAAAGCCUGGUCAAGAUGGGCCGCCCGGACCACUGGGUCCUCCUGGCAAUGACGGACCCAGGGGCAAUCCAGGGCCAGCAGGAGAGAGGGGUUUAACAGGAAAGCCAGGUGCAGAGGGACCCCAGGGCCCUGUAGGCAUGUAUGGUUUUCCAGGGAAUAUAGGCAUGCGGGGUAACUCAGGACCCAUGGGAGAAAUGGGUGAACCUGGUGUAAGAGGACUUCCUGGACCCAUUGGGAUGCGUGGCCCUCCAGGCCCACCAGGAACAGUCGGGGAGCCAGGCCUUCAAGGACCUCAGGGUCGUCAAGGUGCCGAUGGAUCCAAGGGAGAACAGGGCCCACAAGGACUUCCAGGACACAAGGGCUCACAGGGUCCAACAGGCAAACCUGGACCCCGGGGAAGCAUAGGGCCGCCAGGACCCCCUGGGCCCGACGGACAACCAGGAGUUAUAGGACUGACUGGGGCUGAUGGGUUGAUAGGAUCAGCCGGGGAGAGAGGGGAGAUGGGAUUUGUGGGACCCCCUGGUGAAGAAGGUCCUGGUGGAUUGGAAGGGCCACGGGGCAAUCCCGGUCCUACAGGAGUGGAAGGUCCACCAGGAAGAAAAGGCGAUCAGGGUGACAAGGGGCCUUGUGGAAGGCAUGGCACCCCUAGCAUCAAAGGGGCUGUGGGAGCUGUUGGUGAUAAGGGACUGCCUGGACCUCCAGGACCUGAUGGCAAAGAGGGAGAUGUGGGCAGCCCUGGUGAAGCAGGUGACCCAGGCCCUAAAGGAGAAAAGGGUAAGGUUGGACCACUGGGAUUCACUGGGAUAGAGGGGCCCUGGGGUGACUCAGGGGAGAGAGGAGACAAGGGAUUGCCUGGCGAUAAGGGUCACAUCGGCCUCCUGGGAGAACCAGGUGUGAUGGGUGGACUUGGUCCAGCAGGACUCAGAGGCCUAUCGGGCUUUCCAGGUCUUCGUGGACUUGUAGGGCCUGACGGACCCCCAGGACCAAAGGGUGAAUCUGGUGACGGUGGUGAUAUUGGUCCUCCUGGAGAUCCAGGACCUCAGGGAGUAGCAGGACCAGCAGGGGUGAGAGGUGACCGUGGGAAACCAGGGCCUGAGGGUAAAACAGGACCCCCUGGACCUCAGGGAGAUUUGGGGCCUAUUGGUCCCCCAGGGCCUGUUGGGGACAAAGGGGAUCCAGGACCACCUGGAGAGGAAGGGGAACAGGGUCCAGAGGGUCUGCAAGGUAUUCAGGGCCCACCAGCACUACCAGGCAUACAGGGAUUCCCAGGAGAACCAGGAGCCCAGGGAACAGCAGGAGAGCCUGGAGCUUCAGGCCCUAUGGGUAAACCGGGAUCAGCAGGACGACACGGACAGAAAGGAGAAAAGGGAGAAGAUGGCCUUCCUGGACCACCUGGGAAGACUGGUUCUAUAGGAAGGACGGGGAAACGAGGCAAAGCUGGUUUAAGGGGCUUAAGGGGAGUGCGAGGAGAAAAGGGAGAAUUGGGAGAGAGAGGAUCAGUUGGACCUCAAGGAUGGAGCGGGACCAUUGGAGCUCCUGGCCUACGAGGAGAGAAGGGAGAGGAAGGCCCAAAGGCAGCUGAGGGGGAGAAAGGAGACAUGGGCCCAACUGGUCGACCAGGAAGAGAUGGAAUAAAGGGGAUCCAGGGUCCAAUUGGUCCACCUGGCCCACCAGGACCAAAAGGGGAUCAGGGUAAUAUUGGACCUCCGGGACCAAGAGGUACACCAGGGAUGCCUGGACUUCCUGGUUUGUUUGGAGAAAAGGGCCCCAAAGGCUUUGAUGGUCCUCAAGGGAAACCUGGGCCGAGUGGUCUUCCAGGGCCACCUGGUCCACCAGGCCCUCCUGGACUCCCUUUGAACUACACAUUGACUCAGAUCAAGGACAUGAUGUUUGCUUCAGACAAGCCCAAUUACCCGGUCCUCCAGACUCUGCUGGACACGCUGCAGAGGGACCUUAGACUGCUGCUGGACCCGCCUGAUGGCACAAAGGAGCGGCCAGCCACCACCUGCCUAGAGCUGUGGCUCUGCCAUCCCAACUUCACUGACGGAUUCUACUAUAUUGACCCCAACCAGGGCAGCUCAGGGGAUGCUCUUCUAGCCUACUGCAACUUCUCUGACUGGGGAGCUGAGACCUGUUUGCAUCCCAGAGACUCUCAGCUGCCCAUGAAAGCCUGGCUGCAAGACGCUAAGCAAAACUCUUUCCAGUGGCUAAGUUCUCUAUCCAGAGGCUUUCAGAUCGAGUACCCUGCUGCCAGUGUGGUCCAGAUGCGUUUCCUGCGCCUGCACAGCCGCUGGGUGGAGCAGAGGGUGACGUUCUCCUGCCAGCCUGGCCACCGGCUGAGCAACAGUAGCCGCGAGGCGAGGUUCAUGACGGACUCCCCGAAACAGAGUUACCUUGCAGCUAUACAAGACUGUGUGCCUGCUUUGGAAGAGGACCCCAGCCCACGGGAGACGGUGCUGCAGUUCGAGGAGGACCUGGAGCUCCUUCCUCUCCGAGACGUGGGCGUGUCCUCACAUGGUGGUGACCUCACGCAGCAGUUUGGCUUCACCAUAGGCCCCGUGUGCUUCAGCUAGAGACCACGUGACUGACCGCCGCGGAGGGGGGUCUCCGUGACACCGCCCAGGCCAUCUCCAAUCUGCACAGACAGGAGCCGGAGGGAAGAUGGAGUUGGAGAGGAGUGCAGUGCAGGGAUGCCCUGUGUGCCCUCUCUCUCUCUCUCUCUCUCUCUCUCUCUCUCUCUCUCUCUCUCUCUCUCUCUCUCUCCCUCUGUCUCUGUCUCUCUCCUCUAAUGUGGCUCCAGUGGACUUGCCCUCAUGAUUGUUUCCUGAUGUCAACUCACCAUGAGGGAAUACAUUUGUAGGCCUUCGGAUGCAAGCUCAUCCUGUGUAUAGCAUUUUUUUCAGUUUGUUUUGUUUUUCAGUUUGUUUACAGAGACUUUUUAUACUUCAAUGAAUAAUUUAUAUUAUUUGAUUUAAUUUGUUAUUCCCAGGCUCUUUCUCUUUAUCCUGCUUAUAAAUAGCAAUAUGUAUGCUACAGACUUCCCCGAAAUUAUCUCACAUUACCUAUACCGGAAGAAUUGGACCAAAAUGAAAGAUAGAAGUCUAGCAUUUUAAUCACUGUAGCUCACUGUCAUAAUUAUUCAUGGCAUUGGGCCUUAAAAGAAGGGUUCAUCCAAUUACUUUGUUAAAUUUUACUCCCAAUGGUUAAUAUGCUAAAUUAUAAUUAACAUGUUAGCUAUGGAACACAUCCUUGUAUAUAGUCAGUCCAAAUAUUCUAAAAUACAAUGGACUAGUCUUUUUUUAAUCUAGUUUGCAAAAGUUCAUUGCAAAAUGAAUACCUUGUAUAUCUAAAACCAUGGCCAAAAAGUAGUAGUGUUAAUUUGGGGAAAAGACAGGGUUGACCCAAAGAAAGGGUGAACGAACCUGAACUCAGAUCCCAAGGGCUUUGACUUAAGUUAUCAAAGAUGGCUUCACCAGGAACAUGAGAUUCAAAGAUUUGGGUGGGUAUGUUGGCUUAAAGGAAAAGGAAAUAAUGUAGUAUACAACGAAAGCCUGACUUUAUAACUGACUUGACAUAGGCCCACUGCAGAUACAAUGAAUAUGUAAUUUAUAAUCCUUAAGUCAGCUGUCUGGUUCAAUGUUAGGCUGAUACUUAAGUUCACAGCUUUAUUGUUAACUGGAUUUAGUUGAGAUCUUACUGCAUGUAUCAUAGUGUACCAUAAAUUACCUGUGUGUACCUAGAGUACCAUAAAUUAAAUGUAGCCUACAUUUGGUAAACAAGAAGUCACAAAGUUACUGUACCCCUUUACUAUUCUGUAGAUCUCUAUUCUUAUCAGGACGGGAAUGUAACAAAAAUCAACAUUACUAACAACAACAACAUAUGGUGCUAGAAAGUGUUCUUUUGGGGUUGUUUCAGAUUCACCUUUGUAAGAUGCCUCUCACCUAAAGAUAUUGCUGCAGACACAUAUUAGGGCCAAGACAACAUGACCAUGCUUAAUUUUUUCGUCAUGACCACAUGCAUGAUGACCGCUCUGUAUCAUUAAAUCACACCAGUUCAGGUACCAUCAGUCUCAGGGAGCACUUCCAGCAUCAGCACAUGUCCUGCUUAAUGUAUUUGGUUUCACUGUGCAGGGUAGCCUAUGUUAAUAUUAUUUACUUCCAGGCUAAUGUUUGGUGAUGAUAUUUGUAGAUUUGUUCCCUAAUAAUGUGUUACCUGUGCGCCUACACGUGUCUAUACCACAUCAAACCACUACAAUUUAUAUUUUCUUCCUGAGGUGGAAAAAGUUAUAUACAACUUAAAUUUGUUUCUGUUUUUGCUUUUUUAACCAAGCAGUAUCAUUACUUGAGAGCAUCCAACAGAACAACACCAUUGCUACUCAGGUUGAUAGGAAAUUCUUUAUUUCAUUUUAAUAACAUAAUAAUUAAUAAUUUCAUUGUACCUAAAGGUUAGGAUGCACUAUUAAAAGUGACACUGUUGUCCAAUGUUAUACACUAUGAAGACUCCUCCCUCUCCUGUGCAAAGCAAGAGUUGGGUUUGUUGCUGUGGUUGGCCUGGCUGAGACAUAUUAUUGGUGCUACCCUUUUUGCAGUAAAAGGAAAAGACUUGCUGUUUUCAAUGUACUUUGUAUACAUAUUGUAAUUUGAGGUGACAGUGUCUUAACUUAUACACGGAAAAAUAAAUGAUA